AUGAUCUCUACUGGAACCAUUCCACUGGAGGGUCACAGAGUACCAGGGGUCACAGAGUACCAGGGUAUCGACAACAAUGAUCUCCACUGGAACCGUUCCACUGGAGGGUCACAGAGUACCAGGGGUUCAACAAAGCAACUCAACCGUGGGAACUACUCCGAUAAAAAUGCAAAAAUCAAGCAAAAUCAAGCAAAGUCUGAACGAGGAUUCGACCCGGGCCAUAAGGAUAAGGAUAAGGAAUACGAUAGUCAAGACUACGAUAGCAAAAAAUCAAGAAAACAAGCAAAAGACAAGGAUAAGGAUCACGACGGUCAAGACUACGAUUCUAAGGGCACAUUUGUUAUGGCUAGCCAAAAGAGCACAAUCUGGGCAUUUCUCAACAUGUCAAAAAUGCCCAGAACAGGGGGGGGUUGGAUCUGGGCAUUUCUGAACAUGUCAAAAAUGCGCAGAACAGGGGAGGUUAUGGCUAGCCAAAAGAGCACAAUCUGGGCAUUUCUCAACAUGUCAAAAAUGCCCAGAACAGGGGGGGGUUGGAUCUGGGCAUUUCUGAACAUGUCAAAAAUGCGCAGAACAGGGGAGCAAUUCAACCGUGGGAACUACUCCGAUAAAAAUGCAAAAAUCAAGCAAAGUCAAGCAAAGUCUGAACGAGGAUUCGACCCGGGCCAUAAGGAUAAGGAUAAGGAAUACGAUAGUCAAGACUACGAUAGCAAAAAAUCAAGAAAACAAGCAAAAGACAAGGAUAAGGAUCACGAUGGUCAAGACUACGAUACGAUAAGCAAGUCAAGGAUAAGAAACGCGAUAGUCAAGACUACGAUACGAUAA